AUGCGAUGCGCGAGCAAGGCCGCCGAGAGCGCUUCCGCACGUCCUGUGCGGACACCGAAGCAGAAACCACAGCAACUGAUGUCUCAUCGGUUGCUGAAGCGACUCAGCCUGUGUCACUUGGUGAUGCAGGCGCUGGUCAUGAAGACACUCAUGUCUUCACAGAGUAUGAGCUCGGUGUCUCAUACUCUCCUGAUACUGAAGACGGAUCCGUAUCGACGGCGAUUGAAUCCAAGCCGCCUGCCAAGCGUGGCAUGGAUGAUGCUAUGCGCAUCAGCAUCUUUGGUUCAUCUGAUGAAUCAGAUGAAUUAUCGCCGAAGCGAAGGCGCUCGAGGUCGCGAAACUCGGGCGCUCACAGUGGUGUCGGUUCUCCUGUUGACACCACUUCGCAACGAGUAA